UUAGCUGAAAACUGGUUGUCCUUGACAAAGAUGGCUACCAAUAGAUUAGUACAACAGGGAGUCAAACAAGUGAAACCCUUACUCUCGCUAGACCGAACUGAAGCAAGAAGAAGAGUUUUAAAUCUCUACAAAGCAUGGUAUAGACAAAUCCCUUACACUGUGAAUGCAUUCUACAUCCCUGUCACAGUGAAGCAAGGAAGAGAGAAACUGAGAGAACUCUUUAUGAAAAAUAAACAUGUGACAGACAUCAGGGCCAUAGACAUGCUGGUCAUCAAGGGUCAGAUGGAUUUAGUGGAAACUGCUAACAUCUGGAAACAACGUAAUCAUGUCAUGAUGUUUUUUAAAGACACUGUUAAUCCAAAGCCCACAGAUUUCUUGUCCAAAUUCUAUGAAGGAAAUGAUUAAAUUGUGUUAUUUCUAGGAGAUUUCUGUGAAAGAAUUGUGUAGUUGUCAUGGAAAGUUAACUCUUACAUCUAGCUCUUGUACAUAGAAAUUACUAUUCAUAAGUUUAUAAAGAAAAUGGAAAUUCAAAUUUAAUGAGAUACAAAGUUUUGUAAAAUUAAGAUGUGACUUAUGAUUCAGUUGGUUUUACUCUUUUUAUUGAGUAAGUAUAAGUGUCUAUAUAUAUUAUGGGGGUGUGUGUUUUUGUUUUGUUUCAGAGCUUUUGUUGACUUUUAUCAAAGGCACAUCACUCUUUAGUAAAUCAAGUGAUUAGCAAAGAAAUACGGAUGAUGUAUUUAAAGAUUAAAACUUUGAUAACAUAGAAAUUUGUCAAUUUUUUAUUAUUUUUUUUUGUGAUUAAAUUCUGUUAACAAUUUGAAUAAAUCUCACUGUGUGUUUA